AUGUUGAAAGGUCACAAGGUCCCUGAAAACAUGAAGCAUAACACGUACAAUAUACAGUAACAGCAACAUUCAUUAUAUAUUAGAUCCCCUGAAGGAGCCAAAAUUGAGCCAGAUUCUCCACCGUAAUCCCAUCAACAAAGCACGUUUGAGAUAGGUUUUGACAUUUUAAUGCUUUUAGUUAAGACCAGUAGGCUUCCUUCAUCAGAUAAGGUCCUUUCAGCACAGCACACACACACACACACACACACACACACACUCACACACACACACACACGCACACGCGCACACAAACACACACAGAGACCCAAGUGAACAAAGAGUAAGUUUACAACUUAAUAUUUUCCUCCCCAGCUCUGCGGUUUCUCUCCUCCUUUCUUUCCUCCUUCUCUCCUCCUCCUUUCUUCAAACACUUGUUGUAUGUGUUCCCUCUCUCCUUUUGGCAUUUCAAUAAGCAGUUUGGCCCUCUCGGUCAGUAAAGUAACGUCAGUAAAAAACUGUCCAUUUCUUCAAAGGGCACCCUUUUCUGUCUGUCUGUCUGUCUGUCUGUCUGUGUGUGUUUGAAAGAAAGAGAGCGAGAGAGAGAAUAGGCAGGUGUGUGUAGUUAACCUAAGAGUGAGUGAUGGUGAAGGGAGGGAGGGGGGAGAGAGUGACUCAGGCACCCCUUCUGUUUUUCUCAGUCUGGACCACUCUAUGGGUCACCAUGCCUUUCUUUCUGUCACUCUCAGACAAGACAGACGACACCCAUUUUCACCCACGUCUGCCCAGGACCUCUACCUCUCCUCUCUUCUCUUCUCCUCGCUUCUCCUCUCAUCUCUUCUCAUCUCUUCUCCUCUCAUCUCUUCUCAUCUCUUCUCCUCUCUUCUCCUCUCAUCUCUUCAUCAUCUCUUCUCCUCUCUUCUCCUCUCAUCUCUUCUCAUCUCUUCUCCUCUCUUCUCCUCUCUUCUCCUCUCUUCUCCUCUCUUCUCCUUUCUUCUCUUCUCCUCACUUCUCUUCUCUGGCCAAUGUCACUUCUUAUGUAUAUCCCUCCCUCCCUCCCUCCUCUCCUUUGUUCUCCUCUCUUCUUUCUCUCCCUCUCUGACCUUUCACUCCUCUCUCCAGCUACUUUCAGCCUGGUCUCAUCAGCACCACUCCACUCCAAUGCUCUCCUUAAAUAUGGCCAAAACGCUGACAUUUAGGGACAAUUGGGCAACAGCGGUUAACAGGCGUGUAGUGCUGAGCAAUUAAUCGAAAUGUCACUUAUUUUUUCGUUUUUUAAACAAUAAUUGACAAAGUGGGUUCAUUUAUUUGAAUUCCAUUUUUCUUUUCUUUGAGCUCAAUGCGCAUGUUGCGCUGCAGUUUCUCUAUAGAUAAAUCAGCUCAUGCCCGAACUGUGCGAUGUAGUAAGAAGUUGUAGUUUCCAACAGGCCAAUGUUCUACAUAGUUUAGCACAGAAAAUGUGAUAAUUAACUACAAUGGCCAUAAUCCAUUGCGCGGUUACUUGUCCGGUCUGUGUUUCUUUUACGUCUGCUACAUAAGUGAAAGAAGAAUGCGCGAUCAAGAGGGGAUACAUAGAGAGCAGUUUUUUCUGAGGUAUCUCUACCUGAAAAUACAUGAUCUAAGUGAUUGAUAGUUGAUAUUCAGCAGUCAUAAAAGUAUUUACUUUGAAGAACUACUACAACGAUUUGUAGUAAUGAUCUUGUCAGACAGCAUAGGCAUCAGCUCUAUAGAGAUGACAUGAUGACUUGGAAUGAAACAAUAAAGUCAUCAAAUAAAACAAAUGUAAUAUACACAACAACUGAAAUAUUUUAUUAAAAGUAAUGUGAAUAACUGAUAGUUAAUAAGUGUUAAGCAGUCAUGGGCAGUAACUUCCAGCAUGGUACUUUUAUUAAUUGUUUUAUUCUGUGUUAUUACAGCAUUCAACCCACAUAAUGCAUAGUGCAUUUAAUAUAAUUUGUUUUCGUCAAAACCUAAAUCGAAAAUCGUGAUUAUUUAGUAAUAAUUGAACCGAAACCGAACCGACCUAAAAAAACACUAAUCGCUCAGCACUACAGGCGUGAAACAAUGUCUACCCAUUUUUCACUUUACACUGUUUGCUUUCUCUUCUCUCAUUCACUGGGCUCUCUUCUCUCUCUUUCUCUUCUCUCAUUCACUGGGCUCUCUUCUCUCUCUUUCUCUUCUCUCAUUCACUGGGCUCUCUUCUCUCUCUUUCUCUUCUCUCAUUCACUGGGCUCUCUUCUCUCUCUUUCUCUUCUCUCAUUCACUGGGCUCUCUUCUCUCUCUUUCUCUUCUCUCCUUUUGCCUUCAUGCUUUCCAUCACUAGUAUUUGCUUUUGUUUGUUUGUUUAUUUGUCUUGGUCUCUCCCUCUUUCUCUUUCUUUCUCUCUCCAUCCUUCUCUCUCUCUCUUUCUCCCUCUCUCAGGGUCUGAAAGUGAUAGACCUUCAGAUGCCAGACUUCCUGCGUAUCUUGGAGAACGCGGUGCAGUUUGGUUCUCCUGUUCUGCUGCAAAACGUCCAGGAGGAACUAGAUCCCUCACUGGCCCCCAUCCUCAACAAGUCUCUCACACACGUCGGUGGAAGGCUCCUGUUGAAGUUAGGUGAAAAAGAGGUGGAGUACAGCCCAGCGUUUAGAUUCUACAUCACCACCAAGCUGUCCAACCCUCACUACACCCCCGAGAUCUCCACCAAGACCACCAUCGUCAAUUUUGCUGUCAAGGAACAGGUCGGUACAUGUGUUUGUGUGUGUAAUCUUUGCGUUCGUAGGCGUAAUCUGUGUAUGUAGAUGAGUGUGUUUCGACAUGUCCACACCGCGUGUGUGUGUGUGUAUAUUUCUAACCUUGUGCAUGUAUGGUGUGUGCAUAUGCCAGGGCCUGGAGGCCCAGCUCCUAGGGAUCGUGGUGAGGAAGGAGCGUCCAGAGUUAGAGGAGCAGAAAGACUCUCUAGUCAUCAACAUCGCCUCUGGCAAGAGGAAGCUACAGGAGCUGGAGGACGAGAUCCUCAGGUACAUUUACAUUUUAGUCAUUUAGCAGAAGCUCUUAUACAGAGCGACUUACAGGAGCAAUUAGGGUUAAGUGCCUUGCUCAAGGGCACAUCGGCAGAUUUUUCACCUAGUCGGCUUGUGGAUUCGUACCAGCGACAUUUCAGUUACUGGCCCAACGCUCUUAACCGCUAGGCCAACUGCACACCAUACACUACUCCUACACUAUAAUACUCACUACUAUCAUACUAACACUAAAUACUACAUACUACACUACUAACACACUACUACCACUACUCACAUAUACAUACUACUAUACAUACUACUGGCUGAUUUCAAUUUGUCUGUCAUAGUUGACGUGUACCUAUGAUGAAAAUUACAGGCCUCUCUCAUCUUUUUAAGUGGGAGAACUUGCACAAUUGGUGGCUGACUAAAUACUUUUUUUCCCCACUGUACAUACUACUAUACAUACUACACUACUAUAUACUAUACUACUACAUACUACACUACUAUACAUACUACACUACUAUACCACUACAUACUACACUACUACAUACUACACUACUAUACAUACUACACUACUACAUACUACACUACUAUACAUACUACUCUACUAUACAUACUACAUACUACACUACUACAUACUACUCUACUACAUACUACACUACUACAUACUACACUACUACACUACUACACUACUGCAUACUACACUACUACAUACUACACUACUAUACAUACUACUAUACAUACUACACUACUAUACAUACUACACACUCAGCUACACUACGACAUACUAACUAAAUACUACACUACUAUACAACUACACUACUACAUACUACACUACUAUACACUACACUACGACAUACAUACACAACUACUAUACAUACUACACACUACAACUACACUACUACAUACUACACACUACAUACAACUACAUACAUACUACACUACUACAUACUACACACAUACACACUACAUACAUACUACACUACACAACUACACUACUACAUACUACAACGUACGACUACAACUACAUACUACACUACACAGACGACACUACUAUACCAUACACACUAUAGACAUACUACACUACUAACACACAUUACAUACUACACUACUACAUACUACACUACUAUGACAUACACUACUACGACAGUACUACACUACUAUACAUACUACAUACGACUACUACACACUACUACAUACUACACUACUACAGACAUACGACACACGACAGACACACGACACUAGACACGACGACAUACAGACAGACGACACACGACACAUAUACAUCGACACAUGAAGACUACAACUACAUAACACGACAGAUACGACGACAAAGACGAACGACUACAGAGACACGGACUACCUACAGACCACUACAGUACACACUAAACUACAACAGACACACAGAUACAUACACUACAUACUACCACACUACAGAAUAACUACAUACAGUAGACUACACUACACUACUAUACAUACUACACUACUAUACACACUACACUACUAUCCAUACUACACUACUACAUACACUCUUAGAAAAUGGGUUCCAGAAGGGUUCUGCGGCUGUCCCCAUAGGAUAAACCUUUUUGGUUCCAGGUAGAACUCCUUUGGGUUCCAUUUAGAAUCCUCUGUGGAAAGGGUUCUACAUGGAACCCAAAAGGGUUCUACCUGGAACCAAACGGGUUCUACAUGGAACCAAAAGAGGUUCUUGAAAGGGUUCUCCAAUGGGAACAGCCGAAUAACCCCUUUUGGUUCUAGAUAUCACCUUUUUUUCUAAGUGUGUACUACACUACUACAUACUACACUAAUAGUAAAUAGUAAUACUGCAGUAUUUUAUUAUACUAACCCAUUAUACUGACCCAACUGUCUGUUAAUGCCCUAGCUACAAUUUCAACAUUACAUUUUAGUCAUGUUCUAGUCAUUUAGUUAUUUUCGAUUUUUUUUAAAAUCAGAAUGAUUUACAAUACGUGCAUUUAAAUAAAAAGAAACAACCAUAUACAGUAGCUUGAUCUUCACAAUUAAAGCCUUCUUCAGAAAAGUGCUGGUAACAAUCACAGUGCUAGAAAAAUAAUAAUAAUUGUAUGUAUUGCAGGCUGUUGAAUGAGGCAACGGGUUCUCUCCUGGAUGAUGUUCAGCUGGUGAACACCCUGCAAACGUCUAAAGUGACGGCCACAGAGGUCUCAGAACAACUGGAGACCAGCGAACUGACUGAGAUCAAGAUCGACACGGCCAGAGAGGUGAGGAGGGAGGGAGGAAGGGAGGGAGGGUAGGGGAGAGGAGGUGAGGAGGGAGAGAGGGAGGAUAGGGGAGAGGGGGGUGAGGAGAGAGGGAGGGAGGGUAGGGGAGAGGGGGUGAGGAGGGAGGGAGGGAGGGAGGGAGGAUAGGGGAGAGGGGGGGUGAGGAGGGAGGGAAGGUAGGGGAGAGGGGGUGAGGAGGGAGGGAGGGAGGAUAGGGGAGAGGGGGUGAGGAGGGAGGGAGGGAGGGUAGGGGAGGGGGGGUGAGGAGUGAGGGAGGUGGUGAAGAGGUGAGAAGGGGUGGAGGGGGUGAGGAGGGAAAGAGGCGUUGAGGAGGUUGUAUAAAUGACUAUGUAGACAUAACAGAACAUUAUGUCUCUUUUAUAACAGGUAUAAUUGCUUUAUAAAUGCUACAUUAUCACCAUUCUAAGUUGAGUGUUACUGACCAAUGUCUUCAUGAAAGCCAUAUAUCCAUGUCCUCCCCUCUAGGCGUACCGUCCGUGUGCCCAGCGGGCCUCCAUCCUGUUCUUUGUAUUAAACGAUAUGGGCCGUAUCGACCCCAUGUACCAGUUCAGUUGGAUGCCUACAUAGACCUGUUCAACCUCAGCAUAGAGAAGAGUCAGCGCUCACACAAACUGGACGAGAGGAUCGCCAACCUCAACGACUACCACACAUACGCUGUCUACAGGUACAACAUAAUAUAAUAUAACCUCAACGACUACCACACAUCGCUGUCUACAGGUGACAACAUAAUAAUAAUUAUACCUCCAACGACUACCCACACAUACCGCUGGUCUACAGGUACAACAUAAUUCUAAUAUAACCUCAACGGACGUACCACCACAUACGCUUGUCUACAGGUUAACAAACAUAUAUAUAAUAUAACCUCAACGACUACCACACAUACGCUGUCUACAGGUACAACAUAAUAUAAUAUAACCUCAACGACUACCACACAUACGCUGUCUACAGGUACAACAUAAUAUAAUAUAACCUCAACGACUACCACACAUACGCUGUCUACAGGGACUAGAAUAAUGAUAGGAAUGAUGAUGAAUUUUGGUAUAAUGUAUAUACAGUUGAAGUCGGAAGUUUACAUACACCUUAGCCAAAUACAUUUAAACUCAGUUUUUCACAAUUCCUGACAUUUAAUCCUAGUAAAAAUUCCCUGUCUUAGGUCAGUUAGGAUCACCACUUUAUUUUAAGUAGAGAGAAUGAUUUAUUUCAGCUUUUAUUUCUUUCAUCACAUUCCCAGUGGGUCAGAAGUUUGCAUACACUCAAUUAGUAUUUAGUAGCAUUGCCUUGAAAUUGUUUACCUUGGGUCAAACGUUUCGGGUAGCCUUCCACAAGCUUCCCACAAUAAGUUGGGUGAAUUUUGGCCCAUUCCUCCUGACAGAGCUGGUGUAACUGAGUCAGGUUUGUAGGCCUCCUUGCUCGCACACGCUUUUUCAGUUCUGCCCACACAUUUUCUAUAGGAUUGAGGUCAGGGCUUUGUGAUGGCCACUCCAAUACCUUGACUUUGUUGUCCUUAAGCCAUUUUGCCACAACUUUGGAAGUAUGCUUGGGGUCAUUGUCCAUUUGGAAGAGCCAUUUGCGACCACGCUUUAACUUCCUGACUGAUGUCUUGAGAUGUUGCUUCAAUAUAUCCACAUAAUUUUCCUUCCUCAUGAUGCCAUCUAUUUUGUGAAGUGUACCAAUCCCUCCUACAACAAAGCACCCCCACAGCAUGAUGCUGCCACCCCCGUGCUUCACAGUUGGGAUGGUGUUCUUCGGCUUGCAAGCAUCCCCCCUUUUUCCUCCAAACAUAACAAUGGUCAUUAUGGCCAAACAGUUCUAUUUUUGUUUCAUCAGACCAGAGGACAUUUCUCCAAAAAGUACGAUCUUUGUCCCCAUGUGCAGUUGCAAACCGUAGUCUGGCUUUUUUAUGGCGGCUUUGGAGCAGAGGCUUCUUCCUUGCUGAGCGGCCUUUCAGGUUAUGUCGAUAUAGAACUCGUUUUACUGUGGAUAUAGAUACUUUUGUACCUGUUUCCUCCAGCAUCUUCACAAGGUCCUUUGCUGUUGUUCUGGGAUUGAUUUUGCACUUUUCGCACCAAAGUACGUUCAUCUCUAGGAGACAGAACGCGUCUCCUUCCUGAGCGGUAUGACAGCUGCGUGGUCCCAUGGUGUUUAUACUUGCAUACUAUUGUUUGUCAAGAUGAACGUGGUACCUUCAGGCGUUUGGAAAUUGGAUGAACCAGACUUGUGGAGGUCUACAAUUUUUUUCCUGAGGUCUUGGCUGAUUUCUUUAGAUUUUUCCAUGAUGUCAAGCAAAGAGGCACUGAGUUUGAAGGUAGGGCUUGAAAUACAUCCACAGGUACACCUCCAAUCUACUCAAAUUAUGUCAAUUAGCCUAUCAGAAGCUUCUAAAGCCAUGACAUCAUUUUCUGGAAUUUUCUAAGCUGUUUAAAGGCACAGUCAACUUAGUGUAUGUAAACUUCUGACCCACUGGAAUUGAGAUACAGUGAAUUAUAAGUGAAAUAAUCUGUCUGUAAGCAAUUGUUACUUGUGUCAUGCACAAAGUAGAUGUCCUAACCGACUUGCCAAAACUAUAGUUUGUUAACAAGACAUUUGUGGAGUGGUUGAAAAACAAGUUUUAAUGACUCCAACCUAAGUGUAUGUAAACUUCCGACUUCAACUGUAUAUAUAAAUGUGAAGUGAUUAACAAAAUAAUACACAGACAAAGCUGCAACACAGAACACACAUUAGAUACUAAAUACAGAUUACCAUAGAGGUACAAUACAGUCCUGUACUGUUUAAUUCUGUGGAGAUAACCUCUUCUUCCAGUGUCUUCAAGUGUGUGUACAACCAAGUUUGAUCAAGACUGUCCCUGUCUUCUCCAGGUACACGUGUCGUGGUCUGUUUGAGGUCCACAAGCUGCUCUUCAGUUUCCAGAUUUGUGCUAAGAUCCUGGAGGUGGCUGGUAAACUCAACAUGGACGAAUACAGCUUCUUCCUCAGGGGAGGACUGGUGAGACACACACACACAGAACAGACUGAAUGUGCCAUUCAAUUGAUCACAAUUGUAUUAGUCCUCUAAGGAUUAAUGAGGAAGGUAUUGUCAAGCACACAGUUAGUCAAUAAAUCUUCCUCAAGCAGCAGACUGAGACAUGUUACAAGAGCUAGUACUGAAUGGGCAGUUAUAUAGGUGCCAUAAUGCGAAAAUGUACAAUAAACUAGAAAACACAUCCAUUAAAAUGUCUCUCUCUCUCUCGCCUCCCUCCCCCCUCUCUCUCUCCUCUAGGUUCUAGAUAAGGAGAGUCAGAUGGAGAACCCGUGUUCUAGCUGGCUGGCUGAGUCUAACUGGGACAAUGUGACAGAGCUGGACAAGCUGGCUAACUUCCACGGCCUCAUGGCCUCCUUCGAACAGUACCCCCGAGACUGGAACCUUUGGUACACGAGUGCCGGGCCUGAGACCGCACAGCUACCUGGUGAGAGGGGUAGGGUUGGGAGUGUGUGUGUGUGACUACACAGUAUGUCAUGCCUGCAUAUCAGUUAAUGUGUGUGUCUCUAUGAAUGAAUCCAUCUUGUUUUCUUAUGUGCAACAGUUGGAUACCAUUUGUAUGUGUAGUAAAAUAUAGUUUAUAUAGUUUUAAUUUGUCAUUGUUAGAUUGAUGAUGAAUAUCAUUCUACUCCUCUCUUGUCUCUCUCUCUCGCUCGCUCUCUCUCAAUUCAGUGGGCUUUAUUGGCAUGGGAAACAUGUUGUGAUGCGUGAUUUGAAGGAGUCAGGCGCAGGAGGGUAAAUCACAGUAUACAGAGUUUAUUCCGUAAUCCAGCGUAACCAGUCCAGUGCGCAAAACAGGCGCACUGGAACAAACAUGCACACAGGGAAAAUACCCCGGCAAUACAAAAUACUGAGCUCAACCGAGCUACUAAUCCUCACAAUGAACAAUCACCCACAAGGACAAGGGGGGCAGAGGGAACACUUAAACACGUACUAAUGAUGGGAAUAUGAACCAGGUGUGUGUAAUUGACAAGACAAGACAAAUGGAAUGAUGAGAUAUGGAGCGGCAGUGGCUAGAAGGCCGGUAUCCGAGGAAGGAGACGGACUGCUGGAAAAACAGACACUUUUCUGCCUUGGCAUAAAAGUCGUUUUCCAACAGUCGGGCCAGCACUUUGCGAACCAGGGACACAUGCUCGGCGCGCAUAGUGGAAUACACCAGAAUGUCAUCGAUGUAGACCACUACACCGCGACCAAGCAUGUCCCGAAACACCUCGUUCACAAAGGACUGGAAGACGGAUGGAGCAUUCAUCAAACCGUAGGGCAUCACCAGGUAUUCAUAAUGCACCGUGGUUGUGAUGAAUGCUGUCUUCCACUCAUUCCCCUCUCGGACACGCACCAGGUUGUACGCACUCCAGAGAUCUAAUUUGGUGAUUAGCGCGCCCCAUGCAUUGACUCGAUCACUGAAGGAAUGAGGGGGAGAGGAUAACUAAACUCGUAUCGUCUCCUUGUUCAGUGAUCGAUAAUCAAUGCAAGGGCGCAGACCGCCAUCUUUCUUCUUCACAAAAAAUAAACUUGAGGAGGCGGGUGAAGUGGAGGGACAUAUAAACCCCUGGCACAGGGACUCGAUGACGUAUGUUUCCAUAGCCUCCAUUUCAGCCUGUGACAGGGGAUACACAUGACUCCUGGGAGGCAAAGCGUCUACCCGGAGGUUUAUCGCGCAAUCCCCCGCCCGAUUAGGUGGUAACUUGGUCGCCUGCAUUUUGAAAAAAACGCAUGCGCCAAAUCGAGGUAUUCGGGGGGGAAUGCGCACGGUGGAGGUACUGUCUGGACUUUCCACCGUGGUUGCACCAACGGAAACACCAAGACACCUACCCUCACAAUCUCGCGACCACCCCGUGAGAACCCUCUGCGGCCAUGAGAAGGUGGGGUUGUGGAGUGCUAGCCAAGGGAUACCUAGUACCACAGGGAAAGCAGGAGACUCAAUGAUAAAAAACGUGACUUGCUCGCAAUGAGUCUCGUGGGUAACCAUGGUGAUUGGUGUGGUAACUUCCCUAACAAACCCGGACCCUAAUGGUUGACUGUCAAGUGCUCUGAUGGGGAGUGGAAUGGAUAGGGGAACCAAUUAAAUGCCUAGACUGUGUGAGAAUGCCCUGUCCAUAAAAUUCCUAGCUGCGCCUGAAUCGACUAGCGCCUUACACUGGGGAACUACAAUGUGAUCAGGAAAGUGGAUGGGUAGGGUACAGUGCGCAGCAGAGGGCUCUGAACAAGUGUGGGUGUUCGAUACCUGGGGUGAUGCGAGAGUGCCCUGCCUGCCGCCUCCAGACUCAAAAGAACGCUGACGGCAUCAUGCGGUGUAAUGUCCCUUCGUGCCACCAGAGUGACACUGGCGCUGUCGUCCUCCGCUCUCUCGGAUCGCGGCUCCACCCAGCUCCAUCAGCUCGUGAUCCGAGUCGGCCAGGGUUGGAACGGGCAGACCCCCUCCAGGACGUCCUCUGGCCGCCAGCAGGUUGUCCAAACGGAUGGCCAUGUUCACCAGUUGCGUGAAGGACAACAUGGUGUCCCAGCAGGCUAGCUCCCUUCGGAUGUCCUCCCGCAGAUGGCACCGGAAGUGGUCGAUAAGGGCCCGCUCGUUCCACCCGGACCCAGCUGCUAGAGUCUGAAACUCCAAGGCGAAGUCCUGCGCAGUCAUCGUCCCCUGCCUCAGGUGGACCAGCCGCUCGCCCGCCUCUCGACCUUCGGGCGGGUGAUCGAAGACAGCCCGAAAGAGGCGAGCGAACUCCCCGUAGUUGUCCAACGCGGCUCCUCCUUCGUUCCAGACCGCGUUGGCCCACUCCAGGGCUUUCCCCAAGAGGCAGGAGACGAGGGCGGACACCUUCUCCCGCUCCGAUGGGACUGGCCUGAUGCUGGAGAAGUAGAGCUCCAGUUUGAGGAGGAAUCCCUGGCAGAGAGCAGCUGUCCCGUCGAACUCCUGUGGUCAGGAUAUAUGGAUCCCUCUGGGUGCUGGGGUGUGGGUUGCUGGAUCCGGUUGCCCAACUGGUCUCGACAGAUCGGGUCCUCUCCUCUCCAGGUGUUGGACGACCUGGAGAACCCGAUCCAUCGCUUCUCACAAGCUGGCUAGCAUUGUUGAAUGCUCCUGGACCCGUGCCACGUCUCCAGGCAUGUGCUCCUCUCCUGCUGACUCCAUUUCGGGUGGGUGAUUCUGUGAUGUGUGAUUUGAAGGAGUCAGGCGCAGGAGGGUAAAUCACAGUAUACAGAGUUUAUUACGUAAUCCAAAAUACUGAGCUCAACCGAGCUACUAAUCCUCACAAUGAACAAUCACCCACAAGGACAAGGGGGGCAGAGGGAACACUUAUACAUGUACUAAUGAGGGGAUAUGAACCAGGUGUGUGUAAUUGACAAGACAAGACAAAUGGAAUGAUAAGAUAUGGAGCGGCAGUGGCUAGAAGGCCGGUGACGUUGAACACCGAAGCCUGCCCGAACAAGGAGGGGAGGCAGCUUCGGAGGAAGUCGUGACACAUGUUUACAUUGCCAAAGCAAGUGAAAUAGAUAAUUUAAAAAAAGUGAAAUAAACAAUACAAAAUUAACAGUAAACAUUACACUCACAAAAGUUCCAACGGAAUAGAGACAUUUAAAAUGUAAUAUUAUGGCUAUAUACAGUGUUGUAACGAUGUGCAAAUAGGGAAAAUAAAUAAACCUAAUAUGGGUUGUAUUUACAAUGUUGUUUGUUCUUCACUGGUUGCCCUUUUCUUGUGGCAACAGGUCACAUACCUUGCUGCUGUGAUUGCACACUGUGGUAUUUCACCUAACAUAUAUGGGAGUUUAUCAAAAUCAAUUUGUUUUCGAAUUCUUUGUGGGUCUGUGUAAUCUGAGGGAAAUAUGGUCAUACAGUUGUCAGGAGGUUAGGAAUUGCAGCUCAGUUUCCACCUCAUUUUGUGCACAUAGACUGUAUUUUCUUAAGAGCCAGGUCUACCUACAGCGGCCUCUCUCAAUAGCAAGGCUAUAUUCACUGAGUCUCUCUCUCUCUCUCUCCAUACUGAAGGACUAUUCAUGCCUGUCACGUAGCAGUGUGUGGCUCUGUCACUAUCACUGCUUUAUUUCAUUACGUUAAUUAGAUCACACAAAGUUCAGCUCAAUAUUAAUAUAAUUACAUGAUGGAAUUUGCUGCCAUAGUUUAUCCUCCCGGCUUGCCGUUAAAAUCUAUUCUUUAUCUAAAACCCAUUUGCCAUUCAUGCCAUUAUGAUUCAUUGUUGUUUAGUUGGAAAGUUUAGUUAUCACUGGCGUUACUGAAAACACCCAACCAACGCUUUGCCUCUUUCUCCCCUUGUCGCCUUCACCUUCCAUCCUUCUUCUCUAACCUCGCUGUCUUUCUGUCUCCUCCCCCAUCCCUCUUUCCCUCCCCAUCCCUCUCUCUAUCCCUACCUCUCUCUCUUCUCCCUCCCUGCCUCUCUUUUUCCACCCCCCCCCCUACACCAGGUGAGUGGGAGAAUGGUUGUAAUGAGCUCCAGAGGAUGUUGAUCGUGCGCUCGCUGCGUCAGGACCGCGUCGCCUUCUGCGUCGCCUCCUUCAUUAUCAACAACCUGGGAUCACGCUUCGUAGAGCCGCCCGUACUCGACAUGAAGGCUGUGAGUGUGUGCCGGUGUGCUUAUUUGUGUGCACGCGCAUGUGACAAGACUGUGAGUGGCACUCGGAGGAGACUAUUUGAUCCCCCCUCCUGCUCUCUGUGUCACACUGUCUCACUUCCACGCUGACACAUUCAUCCUCAAUGACGGCUGAGGCAACUGGCACAAGAUGGCUGCCAGCCAGAGCCAAGAUGGAUCCCCAGUGUUGUGGAGGUGGUCAAUUUUGAGAUGGAUCAUUCUUCUCUUCUGGAGUUAUUCCUGACCACUUGACCUGAACAGGAGAAACAAUCCUCUGUGUAUUGAUGUAUUGAUGUGAAAGCACUUGGUAAACACGUUUCACAUUUGUCACAAACCCAUUGGGGGAUGACACGUGCAUCCUACUGCCAUCAACUGUGACCAUUAACAAGAACUGUACUAAUACAAUACUAAUUUCUCUCUUGGUCCUCCUGUGAUCUCUUCCCCUGUGUUGAUGCUUCCCCCAGGUGGUGGAGGACUCGACCACUAAGACUCCCCUGAUAUUCGUGUUGUCUCCGGGGGUGGACCCUACAGGAGCCCUGCUACAGCUGGCUGAGACCUCAGGGAUGAGCAGGAAAUUCCAUGCCCUCUCCCUGGGCCAGGGUCAAGCCCCCAUCGCCACACGCAUGAUCAAAGAGGGAGUCAAGAACGGUAUGAAUCAGUCUCUUCUCUUGUCUCUCGCUCGCUCGCUCUCUCUCUCUCUCUCUCUCUCUCUCUCUCUUCUCUCCUGUUCUCUGCAUCUGUGUCUGACCCAGUCCACCUCUUUUCUUAUUCCCAUUGAUAGUUACUUCACUAAGUAUUCAUAGGAAUCCUCUUUCUUUCUCUCUCAAUCUAUAUAUCCUCUCUCUCCCCCAUGCCCUGUUUGUGUUCUGCAGUAUCAUUUGUUAUGUUCUAUCUGGCUGUCACUUUCUGUAGCUUUUUGUUAUUUCAGCCACACCUCUCUAUACUCUACCAAAUGUCAUCGCCAUACAUCAGAUUGUACUCGCAAUACAUCAGUACUGUUGUUUUUGGAAAAGUCGAUUUUUAAUAUCUCUUCUCCUCCACUCUUUCCUCUAUUCCCCCCCCCCUCCCCUCCAGGUCAUUGGGUGUUCCUGGCUAACUGCCACCUGUGUCUGUCCUGGAUGCCCCAGCUGGAUAAGUUAGUGGAACAGCUGCAGGUGGAGGAGCCCCAUCCUGACUUCAGACUGUGGCUCAGCUCUUCUCCUCACCCUGACUUCCCCAUCGCUAUCCUACAGGCCGGCAUCAAGAUGACCACCGAACCGCCUUGGGUAGAGAGGAUAGACACUACUGUACUCACACAUACACACAUACACACACACAUACACACACACAUACACACACACAUACACACACACAUACACACACACACACACACAGGCAGACACACACACACAUACACACACACACACACAUACAGGCAGACACACACAUACAGGCAGACACACACAUACAGGCAGACACACACACACACAUACACAUACACAUACAGGCAGACACACACAUACAGGCAGACACACACAUGCAGGCACACACUUUGAGAGAACACAUCUAGAUACACACACAUUUUCAGAAUGAUCUACCCUCUUUUGCCACUCAAUUCUCUCUCCCCCUCCAUCCCUCCCUCCCUCCCUCCUUCACUCUCUCUCUUCCUCAGGGUGUAAAGUCCAAUAUGAAACGCCUGUACCAGCUGGUGACAGAGAGUCAGUUCACACGCUGUGCCCGGCCUGUGUUCUACAGGAAGCUGCUCUUCGCCCUCUGUUUCUUCCACAGCAUCCUCCUGGAGAGGAAGAAGUUCCUACAGCUGGGCUGGAACAUCAUCUACGGCUUCAACGACUCUGACUUCGAGGUAACACACACACACAUGGGUUCCAGCCGUAGUCUUAAACAUUCCACAACUUGGAUCUUUCUACUUGGUAAAAAUAGUCAUUUAGGAGAAGGGAAUGUCAGGUAUUUCUGAGUCUGAUAUGGAUUGUGAAGAUUUAAUGUUGAAGAAUGCUUGGAAAACGGUGAAAUAACUUUCCCUUAUAGGACAAUGAAGACUAGACUGUACUUUGGGUGGAAUCCUAACAAAAUGCUGACCACACUACAUCCUAUUGUGUUAGACCAAGCGUAGUGAAUAAAUCACCCAUUAGGGGUGCUAACAGAAGCUGUGUCCUCAUCCCCCCUCCUCUAGGUUAGUGAGAGUCUGAUGAGUCUGUAUUUAGAUGAGUACGAGGAGAUCCCCUGGGACGCCCUCAAGUACCUGAUCGCCGGGGUCAACUACGGAGGUCACGUGACUGACGACUUUGACAGACGCCUGCUCACCACCUACAUCAAUGACUACUUCUGUGAGGCCACCGUCACAACGUCAUUCUUCAAGUGAGCAUGACACACACAUACAGACACACACAUACAGCAACACACACACAACAACUCUGUCUCUUUCAUUCUGUCUCUCCUUCCCAAGCACACAUAAGGAUCUAGUCAUGUCAGAGCGUACUGCGGCUGCUGUCUGGUUACAGGUACUCAUAAAGACUGAAGACCGUGAGCACCACCAUGUGGCCAGCAUUGAUAUUACAGUCACCCUGUUGCUGCUUACGCCUACCCAGUACUUUCUAAGGGUCAAUUUGGGAUUGGACAACAAUGCUCUACUCAAAUACUUUCCUCUCCUCUAGACUCUCCUCUCUCCCUACCUACUAUAUCCCCCGGGACGGGCCCCAGUCCUCCUACAGGGAGUACAUUAGCCACCUCCCAGCCACGGAGCACCCCGAGGUGUUCGGCCAGCACCCGAACGCCGACAUCGCCUCCCAGAUCGCUGAGACCAGGACCCUGUUUGACACCCUGCUCUCCCUGCAGCCCCAGGUCACUAGUGGAGCUACCGCCGGAGCAGGGGCCGGGCCCAGCAGAGAGAAUAAGGUGAGUGAGAGGGGUGGGGGAGUUUUACAGUUGGAGGCUGUGUCAUGUGUAUUUGUGUAGCUCUGUAUUUUUCUGCAUAUUUACUAUCAGUGUAACAAUUUCAGUCUCUCCCCUCUCGCUCCAGGUAUCGGAGUUGGCCGCCGACGUGCUUCAGAAGAUCCCUGGCCUUAUAGACUAUGAAGGGACCAGAGCCCUGCUGGCUGACGACCCCUCACCUCUCAACGUGGUCCUACUGCAGGAGAUCCAGAGAUACAAUGCCCUGCUACACACCAUCAGGUAGGACAGAGAGAAGAGAGGGAGUUGAUGUAGGUAGGUGGUUUGUGCAGGGGCGUAUAGCUGUAAAUGUGUGUGUAAAAAAUGAAUACUGGAUGGAUAGUUUAACGGCGUGUGUGUGUGUGUCCAGGUCGUCUCUGAUAGAGCUGGAGAAGGGGAUCAAGGGUCUAGUGGUGAUGUCUAGCAGCCUGGAGGAAACAUUCCACUGCAUCUUCGACGCCCGCGUCCCCCCACUUUGGGUGAAGGUAGGACACACACACACAUACAUAUACACACACACAGAGACACAUCCAGACACUCACACAUGCACUCAUAGAUUGUUACAGGUCAUAGACACACACAAAAACACACAUUUACCAUUUAUCUCAAGGCAUUCCAUUCUGCUGUGUUUAGAGAUGUAGGAUUUAUUUUCUAUCCCGUGAGGAUGCCAUUGCUCUGUGGAUUCGUUUUGUAUUCUUUACAGUACUUGAGUCGCAAACCAUUGUAUGUUUGCUCUUUUAAGGGUGGGAGUGUUAUGCAAAUUAGAAUAGUGAAAAGGAACAGUGAGAACAAAAUACACAGACAACCAAUCCUACCGUCAAACACAAAACGUAUUUUUUUUUAAACACACGGUAAACGGUUUAGGGAAAGGGGCUGAGCUGGACCCAAGGAAUGAAAUAAUAAAUUCAAAAACCCCUAAACUGAUCCUGCCUGCCUCAAGAACCGCUUAGCUUGCUACCAACUAUACAAAAAUACAGUGGGUGGUCCGCUCAGGUCUAACUAGUGUUUUUAGACAAAGUUUUCCUACGGGUAAUGGCGACUUGCUAAAAAUCCCCUUUUCCUAAGCACAAACAAACAACAUGGGUAAAAUAGGGACUAAACAGCAAACGAGUGACUAGACAAUAGCAAACAAGACACCCCAGUAAUACAUACUCACAUGGAACAGGACAGAGUGAGAUGUAUGGGCUAUGACUAUGUGGUGUAUGAAGGAACAAAGGUAGUCUGUCUAUCAAAAAGGUCUGUGACAAGAAGUAGGUGUCUGUGUAGCCUAAUGUGUGAGAAAGCUAAAAAAAAGAGUAUUGGUGAGAAACACAACUGACUGGGUUUUUAAACCAGGGGAUGUGUGAUGUGAUUGGGUAAUGAAAACCAGAAACAGAAACAGGUGGUGCAAUCACUAGUAUCUGCCCUUGUGCUAUCGUGACUUCAACAUCUACACAUCAUUCAUGUAUCCAGACACCAUUCUAUUAUGUGAGCACAGCGAUAUCAACAAAUCUGUACAUUAAGUUCAUGUUCAGAAAACCACUUUUAGAGAAUGGCGCCGGAGGGAAUGGCGGCUGUUUUACGGGCUCUUGACCAAUUGUGCUAUUUUGUGUAUUUCUUUCCACUGAUCUUAACUUAUUUUCUACAAAAUGUUUCCGCCAUCGUUUCCUAUGACCGAAAAGAGCUUCUGGACAUCAGAACAGCCAUCACUAACCUCGAUUUGGACGAGGACUUCUACUUCAAUGAGUUGGAGGCGAAAGACAUAUUGAUUAACCCCGGACCAGGCCCUAAUCCCUGACACUCGAAGAAGGUAAAGACGGCACUGUAGAGGCCGGCGCUCGGGCACCCUAAUGAGACUACAGCGGUAAAUGAAUGAAUCACCUCUACCCUCUGUUCUAUUGGCGAAUGAGCAAUUGCUGGAGAAUAAACUGGAUGAGCUCUGUUCGGGACAUUAAGAACUGUAAUAUACUAUGCUUCUCGGAGUCAUGGCUGAACAAGGACAGGAAUAAUAUACACUACCGGUCAAAAGUUUUAGAACACCUACUCAUUCAAGGGUUUUUCUUUAUUUUUACUAUUUUCUACAUUGUAGAAUAAUAGUGAAGACAUCAAAACUAUGAAAUAACACACAUGGAAUCAUGUAGGAACCAAAAAAGUGUUAAACAAAUCAAAAUAUAUUUUAGAUUUUAGAUUUUAGAUUCUUCAAAUUAGCCACCCUUUGCCUUGAUGACAGCUUUGCACACUCUUGGCAUUCUCUCAAAAACUCAAACAAGAAGUACCAGUGACGCACUCAAUACAGAAAUGGUCCGAUGAAGCGGAUGCUAAGCUACAGGACUCUUUCUCUAGCACAGACUGGAAUAUGUUCCGGAAUUCAUCUGAUGGCAUUGAGGAGUUUACCACAUCUGUCACCGGCUUCAUUAAUAAGUGCAUUGACGACGUUGUCCCCACAGUGACCAUACAUACAUACAUAUCCCAACCAGAAGCCAUGGAUUACUGGCAACAUCCGCACUGAGCUAAAGGCUAGAGCUGCCACUUCAAGGAGCAGGACACUAAUCCUGCUAUGCCCUCCAACGAACCAUCAAACAGGCAAACCGUCAAUACAGGACUAAGAUCAAAUCCUACUACACCUGCUCUGACACUCGUCAGAUGUGGCAGGGCUUGCAAACUAUCACGGAUUACAAAGGGAAAUCCAGUCGAGAGCUGCCCAGUGACGCGAGUCUAUCAGACGAGCUAAAUACAUUUACAUUUUAGUCAUUUAGCAGACGCUCUUAUCCAGAGCGACUUACAGUUAGUGAGUGCAUACAUUUUUCAUACUGUAAAUGCCUUCUAUGGUUGCUUCGAGGCCAGCAACAUUGAACCAUGCUCUCCCGGACGACUGUAUGAUCACGCUGUCCGUAGCCGAUGUGAGUAAGACCUUUAAACUUGUUAACAUUCACAAGGCUGCAGGGCCAGACCAGGAUGCGUACUCAGAGCAUGCGCUGACCAGCUGGCAAGUGUCUUCACUGACAUUUUCAACCUCUCUCUGACCCAGUCUGUAAUACCUACAUGUUUCAAGCAGACCACUAUAGUCCCUGUGCCUAAGAAAGCCAAGGUAACCUGUCUAAAUGACUACCGCCCCGUAUCACUCACAUCUGUAGACAUGAAAUGCUUUAAAAGGCUGUUAAUGGCUCACAUCAACACCAUCAUCCCAGAAACCCCGGACCCACUCCAAUUUGCAUACUCCCCCAACAGAUCCACAGAUGACGCAAUCUCUAUUGCACUCCACACUGCCUUUUCCCACCUGGACAAAAGGAACACCUACGUGAGAAUGCUGUUCAUUGACUACAGCGCAGCGUUCAACACCAAAGUGCCUAAUCACUAAGCUAAGGACCCUGGGACUGAACACCUCCCUCUGCAACUGGAUCCUGGGCUUCCUGACGGGCCGCCACCGGGUGGUGAGGGUAGGCAACAACAUAUCCACCAUGCUGACCCUCAACACGGGGGCCCCUCAGGGGUGCGUGCUAAGUCCUCUCCUGUACUCCCUGUUCACCCACGACUGCGUGGACGCGCACAACUCUAACACCAUUAUUACCUUUUACGACGACACAACGGUGGUAGUCCUGAUCACGGACGACGAUGAGACAGCCUAUAGGGAGGAGGUCAGAGACCUGGCAGUUUGGUGCAACAACCUCUCCCUCAAUGUGGGCAAGACAAAGGAGCUUAUCGUGGACUACAGAAAACGAAGAGCCGAGCACGCCACCAUUCACAUCGACGAGGCUGUAGUGGAGCGGGUCGAGAGCUUCAAGUUCCUCGGUGUCCACAUCACUAAGGACCUAUCAUGGUCCAAACAUACCAACACAGUCGGGAAAAGGGCACGAAAACACCUCUUCCCCCACAGGAGGCUGAAAAGAUUUCGCAUGGGCCCUCAGAUCCUCAGAAAGUUCUACAGCUGCACCAUUGAGAGCAUCUUGACUGGCUGCAUCACUGCUUGGUAUGGCAACUGCUCGGCAUUCGACCGCAAGGCGCUACAGAGGGUAGUGCGUACGGCCCAGUACAUCACUGGGGCCGAACUCCCUGCCAUCCCAGGAUCUCUAUACCAGGCGGUGUCAGAGGAAGGCCCUUUCCAAAUCAUGUCCAAUCAAUUAAAUUUACCACAGGUGGACUCUAAUCAAGUUGUAGAAACAUCUCAAGGAUGAUCAAUGGAAACAGGAUGCACCUGAGCUCAAUUUCGAGUCUCAUAGCAAAGUGUCUGAUUACUUACGUAAAUAAGUUAUUUCUGUUGUUUUUUUCUGUCAUUUGCAAACAUUUCUAAAAACCUAUUUUCGCCUUGCCAUUAUGGGGUAUUGUUUGUAGAUUGCUGAUUAAUUGUUUUUAUAAUCCAUUUUAGAAUAAGGCUGUAACAUAACAAAAUGUGGAAAUAGUCAAGUGGUCUGAAUACUUUCCGAAGGCACUGUAUGUCCUGAUUGCCUAGUCACUUUUACCCCUACACACUGUAUUACCUCAAUUACAGUGGGGAAAAAAAGUAUUUAGUCAGCCACCAAUUGUGCAAGUUCUCCCACUUAAAAAGAUGAGAGGGGCCUGUAAUUUUCAUCAUAGGUACACGUCAACUAUGACAGACAAAAUGAGAAAAGAUAAUCCAGAAAAUCACAAUGUAGGAUUUUUAAUGAAUUUAUUUGCAAAUUAUGGUGGAAAAUAAGUAUUUGGUCACCUACAAACAAGCAAGAUUUCUAGCUCUCACAGACCUGUAACUUCUUCUUUAAGAGGCUCCUCUGUCCUCCACUCGUUACCUGUAUUAAUGGCACCUGUUUGAACUUGUUAUCAGUAUAAAAGACACCUGUCCACAACCUCAAACAGUCACACUCCAAACUCCACUAUGGCCAAGACCAAAGAGCUGUCAAAGGAUACCAGAAACAAAAUUGUAGACCUGCACCAGGCUGGGAAGACUGAAUCUGCAAUAGGUAAGCAGCUUGGUUUGAAGAAAUCAACUGUGGGAGCAAUUAUUAGGAAAUGGAAGACAUACAAGACCACUGAUAAUCUCCCUCGAUCUGGGGCUCCACGCAAGAUCUCACCCCGUGGGGUCAAAAUGAUCACAAGAACGGUGAUCAAAAAUCCCAGAACCACACGGGGGACCUAGUGAAUGACCUGCAGAGAGCUGGGACCAAAGUAACAAAGCCUACCAUCAGUAACACACUACGCCGCCAGGGAGUCAAAUCCUGCAGUGACAGACGUGUCCCCCUGCUUAAGCCAGUACAUGUCCAGGCCCGUCUGAAGUUUGCUAGAGUGCAUUUGGAUGAUCCAGAAGAGGAUUGUGAGAAUGUCAUAUGGUCAGAUGAAACCAAAAUAUAACUUUUUGGUAAAAACUCAACUCGUCGUGUUUGGAGGACAAAGAAUGCUGAGUUGCAUCCAAAGAACACCAUACCUACUGUGAAGCAUGGGGGUGGAAGCAUCAUGCUUUGGGGCUGUUUUUCUGCAAAAGGACCAGGACGACUGAUCCGUGUAAAGGAAAGAAUGAAUGGGGCCAUGUAUCGUGAGAUUUUGAGUGAAAACCUCCUUCCAUCAGCAAGGGCAUUGAAGAUGAAACGUGGCUGGGUCUUUCAGCAUGACAAUGAUCCCAAACACACCGCCCGGGCAACGAAGGAGUGGCUUCGUAAGAAGCAUUUCAAGGUCCUGGUGUGGCCUAGCCAGUCUCCAGAUCUCAACCCCAUAGAAAAUCUUUGGAGGGAGUUGAAAGUCCGUGUUGCCCAGCGACAGCCCCAAAACAUCACUGCUCUAGAGGAGAUCUGCAUGGAGGAAUGGGCCAAAAUACCAGCAACAGUGUGUGAAAACCUUGUGAAGACUUACAGAAAACGUUUGACCUGUGUCACUGCCAACAAAAGGUAUAUAACAAAGUAUUGAGAAACUUUUGUUAUUGACCAAAUACUUAUUUUCCACCAUAAUUUGCAAAUAAAUUCAUUAAAAAUCCUACAUUGUGAUUUUCUGGAUUAUCUUUUCUCAUUUUGUCUGUCAUAGUUGACGUGUACCUAUGAUGAAAAUUACAGGCCCCUCUCAUCUUUUUAAGUGGGAGAACUUGCACAAUUGGUGGCUGACUAAAUCCUUUUUUCCCCCACUGUACCUCAACUACCUCGUACCCCUGCACAUUGACUCGGUACUGGUACUACUUUUAUAUAGCCUCGUUAUUGUUUUUAUUGUGUUACUAUUUCCUUUUUUAUUUAGCAAAUAUUUGUCUUAAUUUUUAACUCUGCACUGUUGGGAAUGGGCUCGUAAGUAAGCAUUUCACUGUAAAGUCUACACCUGUUGUAUUCGGGACAUGUGACCAAUACAAUUUGAUUUGACUUCAGAGGAACGUUCUGCUGAUAGAUACAGCGAGAGUGAAUUGAUGAUGUCAUAAACGUCAUACAUAUUCAGGCUUAUCCCUAACAACAAGACAACACACAGACACUAUCAAAGCAUUGCAGCAGCAAUGGUCCAUUCCCUUGAUGAAGAAAAAGGCAGACCAGCUGCAUUUAGAGCUCUGUCAGAGUGACCAUCAUUGAAAUGACGUGGAAACAACAUUGAUUCAACCAGUGUGUGCCCAGUGGGUAGGUCCAGUGUGAUCUAUAUAAAAACAUGGAGGCUGUCAGAAGCUGUCUCGGCCGUGUCAAAGUGAGCAAUCUGAUCUGUCUGGAAGACAUCAGUGUGUGCGCCUGGAGCACCAGAGGGGGGAAGAGACACACACACACUCACGCACGCAUGCAUGCGCACACACACAGAGAUACAAAUCUUCUAGGACAAGCGAGGCAGCCUGGCCAAAAUUAAAGCCAUGAGUCUUAGGGAACAGAACUAUAAUGACAGUCUGCCAUGCCUGCCAGGGGUGAAUGGAACAUGGACAGACAGACGGAAGGAUAGAGAGCAAGAGAAGGAGGGGGAUAGUGUUCUACAAGGGGUUGUUGUUCAUCCCUGGAGGGAGGGAGGGGGGGGAGGGAGGGGCAAACAAGGAAGAAGGGGAGAGAGAGCAAAGAGAGAGAGAGAGAGAGAGAGAGAGCAAACAAAGAGAGAGAGAGGCAAACAAGGGGAAGAAGAGAAAGAGAGAGAGAGAGACGAGAAGAGAGAGCAAGAGAAGAAUAGAGAGAAUAGAGAUAGAGAGGCAAACACGGAUGAGAGAACAAGAGAGAGAAGAGGAGAGAGAAAGAGAGAGGAGAGAGAGAGGCCAAAGAAUGAGAGAAAGAUAAGGGGAAGAGAGAGAGAAAGAGCGGGAGAAGAGAGAGAGAGAGUGAGAGAGCGAGAGAGAGCAGAGAGGCAAACAAGGAGAGAAGGGGAAGAAAUGGAGAGGAGAUAGAGAGAGAUAGAAGGCAAAAGAAGGAAGAGAAAGAGAAGGGGAGAGAGAGAGAGAAGAGAGAGAGAAAGAGGCAAAGAAGGAGAGAAAGAGAAGGGGAAGAGAGAGAGAGAGAAGAGAGAAAAGCGGCUUGACAGACGGGGGGAAAUAAUGAGAAAGGCAGAAGGAAGUAGAGGACUAGAUAUAGAGGGUAGAGUAAUGAGGUAGUAGAGUUGAGAGAGAGAGAGACAGAUAGAGAGAGAGAGAGACACAGCUGGAGCUGGAGCUGAAGCAUUAAUGGCCGUCCUGUCCUCCUCUUAUAAAGAGAGGGCCAGUAACAGGGUAGAGCAGGCCUCUCUCCAUCUCUCUCUUUCUCUGUCUCUUUCUCUCGCUUUCUCCCUCUCUCUUCUUUUCUCUAUCCCGCUCUCUCUUUCUCUCCCUCUCUCUCUCUCUCUCUCUCUCUCUCUCUCUCUCUGUCUCUGUCUCUCUCUGUCUCUCUCUGUCUGGCUGUACUGUAAUAGACUGUAAUAGUCAGCACUGGGCUGAUUAGGCUUUAGAAAGGGAACUGGAGCAGAGAGAGCAGGUUUACUCUACUUAUUACACUGCAAUUACCCCCCCCCCCCCCAGCGUUCCUCUCAGCCCCAGAUACGGGAAUUGUGGCUUUGUUUAGGCACCAAGGGUCCACCUGAUGACCCAGUGGACCAGACACACACACACACAAGGGCGCACCCACAUAAACAUAGACUGCCCUCAAUGACCCCGCUGAAGAGACACACGCACACUCCUCUUUUCAUCCACCCCAUCCCCCAACACACAGUACCAUCUUUGGCAGACUACAGCAGUCUCACUGACUACUAGAAGGAGUUGUACCGUGUUUUAAUGAAGAAUGGAACCUUAGGACAUAAUAACAGUAGGAUUGUGUUUCCAGUCCAGUGUGUAUGGGGGUCAGUCAGUAGAAAAUGAGUGUGGUUUUCCAAAUGGCACCCUAUUCCCUACCUAGUGGACUACAAAAGUAGUGCACUGUAUUGGGAAUAGAAUACCAUUUGGGAUGCAGUCUCUGUGCAGCCAGGCAGGAUGAUGGAUUAACACACCUUUAAUAACAGAACACUGACUCACUGAGUACAGGCCUAGAAGAACCUAACAGACGUCAGGUUCAUAUGAUGCUGCUGGCACGGUUACUAUAGCAGGCAGAUACUAAUGAUGUUGCUGUGUGUCUCUUGCCUCUUUCCGUGCCUGUCUGAAGUGUCUUGUCUCCUUCGUCCUCCUCAGGCCUACCCGUCUUUGAAGCCACUGGCAUCGUGGACCCGAGACCUGUGCCAGCGUGUGGAGCAGUUUGCCCGCUGGGCAGAGACGGCCCACCCCCCCACCCUGUUCUGGCUCUCUGGCUUCACCUUCCCCACUGGCUUCCUCACCGCUGUGUUACAGUCGUCCGCACGUCAGCACAACGUGAGGACACACACACAUAUAUUUAUACAGACACACACACACACACGUACACAGACACACAGCACUGACCCCUUACUCUGCACACUCACCAAACAAAACCACUGAGCACACUUUCAAACUGUGUUCACAGACUAACCUCAACCACAACCACUCUAUACCACACACACUCAUAGACCACUGCUGCUGCACAGGAAUGGGUCGUGUUUGGUUUCUAAUUAUGCCCACAUAAUAACUUUUCUAAGGAUAUAUAGUACCACUGUAGGGAUAAUAAAGAUUACUUGAACUUCAACCAUGCCAAGUUAACCUCAACAUCAACAGAUGAAGUGUCUGGUGUGACAGCAUUAAGAUACUGUCCUCUAAAGUCAAAUGUUCACUUAGUCAUGCGUUGAGGUCAAUGGGAGACUUAGUGAAAAUCUGACUAACACGUAUGCGUUACCCACAGGUGUCAGUGGACACUCUAUCCUGGGAGUUCAUCGUUGCUACAGUGGACGACAACAACCUCCUCUUCCCACCCAAGGUGAGACACCAGGUUUUCACUAUAAAUCAGUGACCUUUUCUCCAAAACUAUUUUCCCUAAAUGUGUCUAGUUUAGGGCCCUGAAUAUUCUUCCUGGUCAGACCACAUGGUCAGAAAAAAACCCAGGGCCCUAAUCUAUUGUAAGUCAUGUAACUCAUUUUCUCAUUCCUCCUCCCUCUUUCCUCCCCUCCUCCAUCCAUCCCCUCCUCAGGACGGGGUGUUUAUCCAGGGGCUGUAUCUGGAAGGGGCUGGCUGGGACAAGAAGAACUCCUGUCUGGUGGAGGCUAAGCCAAUGCAGCUGGUCUGCCCCAUCCCCACCAUCCACUUCAAACCUGUCGAGAACCGCAAGAAGAUAGCCAAGAGUAAGACAAGAAAAAUGUUUCCUCUCUUUCUCUCUCUCUCUCUCUCUCUCUCUCUCUCUCUCUCUCUCUCUCUCUCUCUCUCUCUCUGUCUGCCAAGUGACUGUGAUAUAAUGUCUGUGUCCUGUCUAUGUGUGUGUGUGUGUGUGUGUGUGUGUGUCUAGGUAUGUACUUGUGUCCGUGCUACUACUUCCCAGUGCGUUCUGGCGAUGGGGGCAGACCCUCCUUUGUGGUAGGGGUGGACCUCAAGUCUGGAGCUGUGCCUUUUGACCACUGGAUCAAGAGAGGAACCGCUCUGCUCAUGAGUCUAGAUAACUAA